GCUAAGAUAAGUCACUGCGAGAAAUUGUAGCAUUCUUCACCGACUCUGUCUCCUAGACACUGCCUGGCUGGAGUAUACUGGUCAGUGGCGUCCAUCCGUAAAUCAAAGGCGGCCAUGACUUCGAGAACAACGUCAGUACUGCUGUUGCUUGUGGUGGUAGCACCUCCAGCGCUGAGUCAACUACUAGGAGUUGGGUCCUGUCCCGACGUCGUUCAGUUGAGCAAAAUCGACUCGACUUCUAUGCUGGGCACGUGGUACGAGUACAUGCGCUACUUCAAUAACAUCGAGCUGUUUAGCAAGUGCGUCACUGCAACGUUAGAACGCGCCGCCGACAACAGCACCAUCCAAAUCACCGCCUCCAUGCUCAACUAUGCGUUUUGGCAGCAGGAUACCAUCAAAGGUACUGCGAUAGAGUUCGGCGGUGAUGGCAGCGGACGCUUCACCGUCACCUACCCUGAGCUAAAUUUUGCUGGUGCAGUGAUGAUUCUCGAAUCGGAUUAUGACGCCUACGCUGUUUUAUGGUCGUGCAACAAAAUCGGACUUCUCCACAACAAAUACUCAUGGAUUUUAACGCGCCAGAAGAAACCAAGCAGAGAGACAGUAAAGAAGAUAGAGGCCGUUCUGAGAGCCAACGGUCUGACAACGCGGCCCUACAUAAAGACCGCGCAGAAUUGCGACUAA